AUGGACCAUGUCGCUCCAGACGGGCUGCAGCCAGACGGCCGAGCGAUGAGCGCGUCGACGACAGCAUCGUCUGCGAGGGCUGCUUCAGUCUCGCUCGAGCCGUUCCCACCGGCCAGCACGAAGCUCCCUCCUCGAUCCCUGACCUUUUCGCCGACACAGCUGCCGUCAGCACACCACCCGCACCAUCCGCACCAUCCACCCCCGACGGCAGCUGGAGCAGCCGGAGCAGCAGCUGGAGCAGCACACUAUUCUUCGCCUUCGUCAGGCGGUACCGAAUCUCUGGGUCGAUCACCUUCGACCGAGGGCGGCGGCGGCGGCGGCGGCGGCGGCGAGACGCAUGGGGAGAUGCAUGGAGAGACACACCGCCCGACUGGGCCGACCAGCCCAGUCAGUUUGGCUAGAUCUGCCGCGAUGGAGGCAAAGAAGCCCCGUGCCUGUGAGGCGUGCCGCAGCCUCAAGGUGCGCUGCGACAUGGACCCGGCAGCGCCGGCGGAAACGCCCUGUCGACGGUGUGCCAAGGCCGGACGGCGCUGUGUGGUGACGCAGCCGACGCGACGGCGGCAGAAGAAGACGGACAGCCGCGUGGCCGAGCUGGAGAAGAAGAUCGACGCGCUGACAGCCAGCCUGCAGAUGACGCGCGGAGGGCCGGCGGGCCUGCCAAGCCUGCCGGGGCUGCCGGGACUGGCAGGUCUGACCGGUCUGACCGGUCUGGCAGGGUCUGGUGCGGACAAGGAGGGAGACGACGGGGAACAUCGGACUAGAUGGGCUGAUGAAGUAAGCAACGUCACACGUGAAUGGCAGCCGCCGGUGGCACUGCCGACUGCGACCACCAGCAGCGGCGAGAAGCAGACGGUUCUGGGCCUGACAUCGUCAACGUCGGUCUCGGGAGCGGCGACGGCCAGCCCGCAUUCGACCAGCACGAAUGGACGCAGCCCGUUUCCGGCAGCGACACCUGUACCACCAAUGGUGGUGGCAGGGCAAAAGCGCAAGUUCACGGACAUGUGGGACACGCCAGGAGCGGGCAGCCUUUCGGGACGACCGAGUCCCGGGUCCAAGACAGGAUCGCCCAAGGAGGCGGCGUCGGCGUCGAUGCGAGAGCGCCAGCAGCAGAAGCAGCAGCAGCAGCAGCAGCAGCAGCAACAACAACAACAGCAGCAUCAACAACAACAAGGACCGCGGAAGGAGAGCGAGGCGAACGCACGGCCAUCGUCAUACAGCAACAUGUCGCCGGCAGCGGAAACGUCAACGGCCGGACUGGGCGACAUCAUCGACCGGGGGCUGCUGACAAUGGAGAAGGCGGUGGAGCUGUUCAACCGAUAUACGGACCAGAUGGCACGCCACAUGCCGGCGGUGGUGUUCGUGCCGGGGACGACGGCGGCUGAGAUCCGCAAGUCAAAGCCGAUCCUGUUCGCGGCGAUCAUGGGAGCAGCGACGACGGAGAUGCCCAACGUGCAGCGGGCGAUCGUGAAGGAGCUGAUGCUGAUCUUUGCGGAGAGGAUCUUGGUAGUGGGCGAGAAGAGCCUGGAGAUGGUGCAGGCGCUGCAGAUCUCGGUGAUCUGGUACUGGCCGCCCGAGCACUUUGAAGAGCUCAAGUUCUACCAGCUCGUGCACAUGGCAGCAGUGAUGGCGAUCGACAUUGGGCUGGGCAAGCGACGGCCAGGAGUGAGCAACGGGCGAUGGACGAGCUCAGGGCCGGGGCUGAUGCCACCACAGGGGUCAGGGAUCAACUGGCGCGACCAUCCGUUUAAGAAGAACCCGCUGCCAGACCCGUGUGCGAUCGAGGCGCGGCGAGCAUGGCUGGCAUGCUACUUCAUGACGUCCAACACGUCGAUGGCGCUGCACCGACCGAAUCUGGUGCGCUGGACGCCGUUUAUGACGCAGUGCGUGCAGGUGCUGGAGACGUCGGCCGAAGCAGCGCCGACGGACCAGUACCUCUGCCACCUCGUCUGGACGCACCGCAUGGCCGAGGAGGUGGGCCAGCAGUUCAACAUGGACGACCCGACAGCGAAGAUCAACGUGGCCGACACGCGGACACAGUACGCGCUGCGGGCUUUCGAGCGUGAGCUGGAGCGAUACCGGGCGAGCGUGCCGCGCAUGUUGCUGCAGCCGUCGUUGCGGCUGAGCUUCGAGGUGCUGAACCUGUACAUGCACGAGAUGGCCCUGCAGAUGGAGGAUGGCAACGACGAGUUCCGGCAGCCGUACACGGCCGAGUCGACCAAGACGGCCCUGAUCGGCGACGCUCAGCUGACGGCAGCCCACAUCAGCGCUCUCUCAGCCUGUCUGCAGGCCAUUGACGGCAUCUUUGACGCCUUUCUGGGCAUGGACAUUGCCGCCCUGCGCUGCAUCCCCAUCUUCAAUUUUGUGCGCGUCGCCUACGCCACCGUCGUGCUGAUCAAGCUCUACUUUGCCGCCGCCUCACCCAACUCGGAGCUCGGCCGCGUCAUUGACAAGGACCACAUGAAGGUCGAGCAGCAUCUCAGCGCCCUGCUCGAUAAGUUCCGCGCCACCGCCGCCGACAACCGCUCGCGGCCCGCCGCCAAGUUCCUCAUCGUUCUCGUCAUGAUCCGUGCCUGGUUCCUCAAGCAGCGCCACCACAUCGGCGUCAUCAAGGAGGGUGAGGCCGUGGAAGGACAACAGCAGUCUCAGCCACCACAGUCACAGUCACAGUCACAGCCACAGCCACACGCACAGCCACACGCACAGCCACAGCCACACGCACAGCCACAACAACUGCCCUAUCUGCCCUCCUCUUCCUUCUUGCUGGCCAGCAACAGCAUCCGCCAGGCUGCCGGACUGCCGCCGUCUGACGCCUCCUGUCCCAUGUCGGUCCCGCAGCCGUCGCCGAUGACGGCCUAUCCGUCGGGCAACACCCCGCUGGAGCUGCUGUCCGAGAUUGCCGCCAGUGACUCGGCAGUCCAGGAGCAGAGACAACAACAGCAGCAGCAACAGCAGCAGCAGCAGCAACAGCAACAGCAACAGCAACAGCAACAGCAACAGCAACAGCAACAGCAACAGCAACAGCAACCAAUCAACAUGAUGCCAUGGCUGGCCCCCAGUCAGCCAACGAUAGGAACGAGCGACAAUGCAGCCAGGGGAAGUGUCGGCCCGACAGAGUCGCUCAUCACGUCCAACUUUAUGGACUUUCCCAACGUGGGCGAGAACUUUGAAUACGCCAUGGACCUGACGUUUGCCGGCCUGGCAGAGGCUGGCGGUGACAUGAACCUGGACGAGGGCAUGCAGUUCCUCAUGGAGGACCCCUAUUGGGUACGGGGAAUGCCGACCAACUUUCAAUUUUAG